AUGUCGCCAACAUUAAUGCCAACAAUCCCGCCCGUUCCAAUUAUCGACAAAUCAUAUUUGGAAAAUUUAGCCAUGGAAGAAAACAGCAAGUUGACUUCCGGUAGUGGCAGCUACAAUAGUAAUACAUUUAAUGAAUCAUUAAAUACUCAUCCUCCAUAUGUUUACGAUGAAUCACCAUAUAGUGGAAAUUAUUACACCACCACCACAAUGCCAUACAAUAUGUUGGAAUCAAAUACAUACAAUGUGUUUAAUAAUUAUCAAUAUAAUAAUCCUUUAAUCGUCCCAUCACCAUCUCCCAAUAUGUUUCGUGAUAAUUUUUGGAGAAUAAAUUCUGGUGAUGCAUCAUCAUUUUUAUACAAUAAUGAAUUUUGA